AUUAAUUUCUCCUAUAAAUUAUAAUCAAUUCACUCUACGAAGAAACACAUGACAUAUCUAAUCAACAGAUUUGAAGUGAGAGAUCUGUUGGUGACCAAAACCAAAGCCCAAUAAUCCAAGAAUCUAAUGCAUCUCAUCAUGUCAAAGUCAAAAAAUCCUACCAGUACUUGUCUCUUGAUCAUCAUCACCAUAUGGAUAAGCCUUGUAAAUGAAAGCCAGUGCUGUGAUCAAAUUAAGAACAAAAGAGCCUUAUUCGUGUUUGGGGACUCACUAUUUGAUGCUGGCAAUAAUAACUACUUCAACACUGCUCUUCGGGCCAACUAUUUUCCAUAUGGGCAAACUUUUUUCAACUACCCAACUGGCAGAUUUUCUAACGGCCGCUUAAUCCCCGAUUUCGUCGCUGAGUAUGCCAAGUUGCCAUUAAUUCCACCAUAUUUACAUCCUGGUUAUGUUGACUAUACAUCUGGAGUUAACUUUGCAUCUUCUGGAGCUGGUGUUCUGAUUGAAACACACCAACAAUAUGCAUUAAGCCUUAAAAUUCAAGUUGAUUAUUUCAAGAACGUUAGCAAGUUGUUGAGGCAGAAAUUAGGGGAUGAAGAGGCCAUAAGUCUGUUGUCAAGAGCUGUUUACUUGUUCAAUGUAGGAGUCAACGAUUACAUGUCCCUUUUCGACUCCAACUCUACAACCUUUCAAUCCUUCACAACCAAAAAAUAUGUGGGCAUGGUGAUAGGUAACUUAAGCUCAGUGAUUGAGGAAAUAUAUGAGAUAGGAGGAAGAAAAUUUGGGUUUCAAACCGUAAGGCCCAUUGCUUGUGUACCAAACUCAAGAGUUAUUGCAGAAGAAAAAUAUAACAAGUCCUGCUUGGAUCAGGGUACACCAUUUGUACUAUUACACAAUAUACAACUCUCCAAGCUCCUAAAAAAGCUUAAUACUCAACUCAAAGGAUUCAAAUACUCACUUAAUGACUAUUAUACAUUUCUGCAACAAAGAAUAAACCACCCUUCUAAAUAUGGGUUCAAGGAAGGGAUGGUGGGUUGUUGUGGGAGUGGUCCGUACCAGGGGGUUUUCAACUGUGGAGGAAAGAGAGGAAAAGAGUACUUUUUAUGUGGUAAUGUUAGUGAUCAUGUGUUCUUUGACUCUUCUCAUUCAACUGAAAGGGUAUAUCAACAAUUUAUUGAGCAAACAUGGAGUAAGAAGCCAACUCCCAAUGGGUCUUACAAUCUUCAAGAACUAUUUAAAUGGAAUUAAACAUUUGUCAGACUCAUACCGAGAAGAACAUUGCUACGAGGUACUUAUAUAGUGCUGACAUAUUUUUAUUUUUAUAUCAUGUCAAGACUUUAAAACUUUAAUAAGAAUUAUAAAAUUAAAUAUAAUAAAAUAUAUUUAAUUAUGUUAAAGUGA